AUGGCGAAUCUCGUGGAGGCGACGUCUCAACAGCAAUUCGAAGACUUUUUGGCCAAAGCUGGAAAAUGCCUCACCGUGGUGCACUUUCAGGCGGCCUGGGCCCCUCAGUGCGGUCACAUGAACGAAGUGAUGGCGGAGCUGGCCAAAGAACAGCCGCACACCACGUUUGUGAAGCUGGAGGCGGAAUCCGUUCCGGAGGUGUCGGAAAAGUAUGAGAUCGCCUCCGUUCCUACUUUCCUUUUCUUCAAGGCGGGUGAGAAGGUGGACCGGCUGGACGGGGCCCACGCUCCGGAGCUCACCAAGAAGGUGCAGCGCUUGGCGGUCAGCGGGAGUCCCGGAGGAGCCGCAGAGAACAGCACCGAGGACCUGAACCAGCGGCUGAAGAAGCUCAUCAACGCUGCCCCCUGCAUGCUGUUCAUGAAGGGGGCCCCGCAGGAGCCCCGCUGCGGCUUCAGCAGGCAGAUAGUGGCGCUGCUCAAAGAGCACAGCAUCCAGUUCAGCAGUUUCGACAUCCUGUCCGACGACGAGGUCCGGCAGGGGCUGAAGACCUACUCCAACUGGCCCACCUACCCGCAGCUGUAUGUGAACGGGGAGCUGGUGGGGGGACUGGAUAUUGUGAAGGAGCUGGCUGAGUCCAGGGAGCUGGAAAACACCUGCCCGAAGGCCGUCACCCUGGAGCACCGCCUGAAGACCGUCAUCAACCAGAGCCCGGUGAUGCUGUUCAUGAAGGGCAACAAGGAGGCAGCGAGGUGCGGCUUCAGCAGGCAGAUUCUGGAGAUUCUCAACGGCACCGAGGUGGAUUAUGACACCUUUGAUAUUCUGCAGGACGAGGAGGUGCGUCAGGGGCUCAAGACUUAUUCCAACUGGCCCACAUACCCCCAGCUCUACGUGAAAGGGGAGCUGAUCGGUGGUCUGGACAUAGUGAAGGAGCUGAAGGAGAGCGGAGAGCUGGUGUCGGUGCUGAAGGGGGAGUAAAAGGUGGAUUUUCGCCAUCAGAGAGUGGGAACAACAAGCUACUGCACAUGCCCAGUCACUGAUGCAAGAGAGGGGCCAGGAAGUGAAAGAGACCUUAUAGCUGAUCACCAGAAUUUUCUCUUUUUACCAAUCUGUUGUAGCUGUUGGAUAGUUUCUAAUGAAGUCAGAAAUAAAACCGCAGUCAGCAGUGAGAAUUCACUGCAAAGAUGUUAGUAAUUCUUCAAAAUGCAUUGAAACAAAUGUUUAAGUGCAUCUGUCCUUGGCCUGAUGUUCUUAAACUCUGCAGUUGAGUGACUGGUUAAAACACCUUCUCCUUGCUGUCUGCUUUCUGGGACAAUAGCUGACUGUAGUUCACAUGAUCUGAUGUCUACAUAUCUGGGUUUUCCUUGCAACAUUCACAACCUUACACUUCAGAUAUUUUUAUUUGCUGACCGGCCCAGUGGCUACGUCUUCAUGCCGUCCUGUCUGCACGUUCUUCACCUGAAAGUCAAACAAAAAUUUAAAGGAUCACUUACAAUACAGCAAGCUCUCUGUGACAGUUACUGUUCAGAUUAUAAUUAAUCAAUAAAACAACUUAAGAUGUUGCA